AUGGAGGCGUACACGCUGGUGGAGCGGGUUGGCCGCGGUGCAGAGGGCACCGUGUGGCUUGUGAAGCACAGGCAGUUGCCACGUCGCCGGUUUGUGAUGAAGAAGAUCUGGAUCGGCGCGAAGAAGCGAUCGUCAUUGCAAGAAGCAGAGAUCCUGAAGAAGCUCGACCAUCGUCACGUUAUAAAGUAUUAUGACUCCUUCCUCGACAAGGCUGGCGAGCACCUGUGUAUCAUCACUGACUACUGCGCGGGCGGCAAUCUGGACCAAAAGAUCACAAGGACCCGAGAAGCAGGGCAGCAUUUCAGCGAGCCGGAGAUUAUGGAGUGGUUUGGGCAGAUUGUAUUGGCUCUUCGGUACAUCCACUCGAAGCGCAUUCUGCAUCGAGAUCUGAAGACGGCGAACAUUUUCCUGACAGAACACAACCUCAUCAAGGUGGGCGAUUUCGGCAUUGCUGCACAGCUUGAGCACUCGUUUGACGUGAAGCACACGUGCGUGGGCAGCCCGUACUACAUGAGCCCAGAGGUGUGCCAGGACAUCCCCUACAACACCAAAUCUGACAUCUGGGCGCUCGGCUGCGUUCUGUAUGAGAUGUGCGAGCUGACACAGGCCUUUAAAGGCAGCAACCUCCUUGCCCUCGUCACCAAGAUUUGUGACUGCAAAUACGACCCCGUGUCUGAUCGCUACUCCCAGGAACUGCGCGCCCUUGUUGCUUUCAUGCUCAAUCCAAAGCCCGAGGAACGACCGAGCACGAUUGCGCUGAUGGUGCACCCGUAUGUGAAGGAGUGCUUUGCGCUGAUGGUGGCAAAGGACUGGCGUGCAUCGUCGUCUCCACAGGAAUUGCACAACAGCGGCGGCGGCGACACAGCGACGCACACGCACACAAUCGAGGCAGAUAUGAGCAGCGUGCAGGCGGGGGGACUGGAACAUGACGCGGACACAUUUGAUGAGACGCAAACAGCGCUUGCAGCCACACUGCGGGCGGACAGUGACAGUGAUGAUGGCGGUGGCGGCGGUAACAGCCGUACAGUAACGAAGACACAACGGGAGCGCGAUGUGAAUGCCGGUGGCGGUGGUGAUGAUGAUGCUGACGGUAGCAAUGGCGGUGACGUUGGUGAUGCGACCGUGAUUGCACGCCCAGCCCUUCUGUCAGAGCGGAGCGCCGCCCGACAGCGUCGGCUCAUCGUCAUUGGCAGCCGCGCAAAGGGCACUGCGCGUCCGGACCGCGUGUCAUCACCGCGAUUGCGAUCAGCACGUGCACGUAAACCAAUUCUUCCCAGCCGCCACAGCCAACACCCGUCGGUUAUGCCGCCAGCGCCCCAGACACCACCGCGCCAUCAGCGCCAUCACCAGCAACAGCAACAGCAACAGCAACAGCAGCAGAUGCGGCGAUCCAUUUCGCAGCCGGACCAAAUCAUCCUGUCGCCAGCGGGCAGCCCUGCACGCAGCCACCACCACAGCUACAGCCACCACCAACAACAGCAGCAGCCACGCUUUUCGCGGUCGUCGAGCACGCACGGCAGCAACUCACACAUGUCUGCAAGCAUGGGCGCGGCCAAGCUCCCGCCGAUUCGGCACGACAGCGUUUCAAAGUCGACCGACGUCGCAGCUAUCACCCGCACAUCCGCAGAUGGGCGAGGUCGAACGCUGAGCGACGGUGACACGCCGAGCCUUCGCCGCCCGCUCUCCUUUACCCAUCGAUCCCACCAGCACAAUCAGCAGCAGCAGCAGAGCGUUCAACAGGCACAACAGCACCAGUCACAUCACCAUCUGCCACCACAACAGCAGCGCCAGGCAUCGACAGAGCUGCAGCCUUUGGACGAGACUGCACGAGAGCGAUCGUAUUCACUGCCGCGAACGUCGCGCCCGUCAUCACACCACCACACACGCGCGCGGGCGGCCAAGCAAAGCAGCGGUGGCGGUGACGGCGGUGGUGAUGCUGCUGCGGCGACGGAGAGUGCUCAUGUACGUGAUUCUGGGGGUGCUGAUGGUAGCGGUGAACAGCAACAGAUACAGCAGGAACAGCAAAGGCGACAGCAAGGUGGGCAGAAGUCUGAGCGAGAUGACAAGGGUUCAAACCAAGACAAGAAGAAGAAACAGCAGCCGCAGUCCUCGUCGUCCGUACGGGCCAAGGGGAAGAAGACAGCACGCGGCGCAAAGUCGACACGAAAGGGGAAGGGUGCUCACGCAGGGGCAGCGGCACCACGGAAACGGGCGAAAAAGAAAGGAAGAAAUGGAAAGUUAACGGCAGCGUCAAAUUCGCUCGCCACCACCACCACCACCACCACCAGCAGCAAAGGACCCAAGGCAGCAUCAACGCUGGCAGCAACGGAGAAACGGCGGCCCCGUGUGCGUGCGCGCACCGGACCACGGCGCGUGUACAAGCGGUGCACAGCACCAACGCCGCACAGGGCAUCACGCGAUGGCGAGGGGGAGGGCCUGAGGCUUCGGGAAGCAGCCGCGCAGCACACAGCGCUUGCACGUGAUGACGAUGCCAGCGGUGAUGAUGAUGAUGGUGAUGGUGGUGGCAAUAAUGAUGGCUUGGAUGCGACGGUGGGCACGGCGGCUGGAGAGGGAGCAAAGGCGAAGAGGGGCAGUGAGAUUGAUGACGACGAGCGACAGCAGCUGGAAACCAUGUACCUGGAGGAAGGGUUUGAUGUGGCAUCAAGUGACGAUGAUGAUGGUGAUGGUGAUGAUGGUGAUGAUGAUGAUGAGGGUGAUGGCGAUGAUACGGUCGAGGAAGAUGAAGGUGAGGGUGAGAAUGAUGACGAACUGACGUGGAAUGAUGUUGGAGGAGGACAGCAGUCGCCUUUGCCACACGUCAAUGUGCGACGCGACGGCGUAGGUGUUGUGAGUCCACGUGACAGGCAGGACAGCAGCAAAAACACGAGCCAUCUCUCGUCCGAUAUCGAUGCAGAUAGUCUCGAUGGCCGACACGAUGACACUCUCCGAGGCAUCAUGCACUUUGCUGACUGGCACGACGACGACGACGAAGAAGAAGAUGAUGGUGGUGGUGAUGACGACGAUGACGCUUGGGGUGAUGAUGGCCGUUUCCAUGAUGAUCGCGAUGAAGAAGCGCAAAGCCUGGCAUCCACGUUUGCCAAGGAGGAAGACCUGCUGCACUUUGAGGACAGUCGUCACCGUCCACACCACCAUCGCGACGAUGAGGAGGAGGAGGAGGAGGAGGAGUAUGAUCUCAUCGAGGCCAUGUCUCUUGCUCGCAUUGCCCUCGAAUCACGAGGUGAGACACAAACGCAAGAGCGGCCAGAGAAACUGACCGUGCUGCGGUUUUGGCUGGAAGCGUUUGCCGAAGACUAUGAGGAUGAAGAGAUUCUCGAAGACGAACGCAUCGCUGCGCCGUGGAAGAGUGUUCUCAUCAGGGAUUGCACUGCUGUUCUUGGGCAGGAUGUCUUCAACAGUGUUCUCACAUACUAUCAGGAACUGCGGUCCACACAUCCAUGGUGUGUGCUGUUUGAGAGGCCGUCCAGUGCGAGCGAGCUGACGACUGCGCCGGAGUUGGACGAGGAAGGGCGGGCGCUGCUGUUGUCAGCGGAACCUGUUCGGAGUCUCAUUGGUGGCGACGAUGACCCUCACCGCAUUGCUGCGUGUCUGUCCAUCCGAGAGCUGAUUGUGUUUGACUCCUCGCUCGCCACCCCUGCCCAGGGAUCCCGCAUCGCUUCCGCCAUAUCAUAG